AUGCAAAACAAUCCAUCCAGCUUCGGGUCGAGUGAAAGUAUCGCCGACGUCCUCAACAUGUCGCAGGAGAGUCUGCUGUCCAGCAACUUUGCGGAAAACCUCAGCAACUCCGUCGAGAUGGACAAGCCGCACAGAUUACACAUCUACUCUACGAAACACAAUACGCACAUUACCUUUGUGCAGCCUUCAAGGCUUGCUUCUCAGACUAUGUCUUCAGGAAUCUCGGGGACGUCUGCCAGCUCAGCGGACAAAAAGAAACAGGUAGACGUACUCAUGUCGCUGAGCACGGGUAACAUUGGUUUUCGGAAGGCCGGAAGAGGAAGCUACGAUGCAGCUUACCAAUUGGCUGCAUUCACGCUGAAGCAGAUACAGGAGAAGGGAAUGCUCCGAGACAUUAGUAGAUUGGAAGUGGUACUCAGAGGAUUUGGCGCAGGCAGAGAGGCUUGCACGAAGGCACUGUUGGGAAGCGAAGGCAGGAACAUCAGGCAUAAAAUCACGAGCGUGGUCGAUGCAACGCGAUUAAAGCAGGGUGGCACAAGGAGCAAGAAGCCAAGACGUUUGGGUUGA